CAACUAUAACUCAGAUUCUGAUUUCGGUUCUAAAUGGAAAAAUCGAGUUGACGUGAUAAAGCUAAACGGACUCUAACCAGCAACAUUGUACUCAAUUACAACAGAAACAGAGCCUAAGGGAAUGAAAUUGACAGCCACAGCUAAAACGCACCACAAGGAAAACACGAUCUUCGUCAAAGCUAAAAUAAAGAUUAAAUUGGAGAGCGGAAAUAUAGAUAGAGACUAAACGAGAAAUAUAAGUGCAAGAAUAGUUAAAAACAAAAGACUAACGAGAAAUAUAAGUGCAAGAAAAUCUAAAAACAAAACACUAACGAGAAAUAUAAGUGCAAGAAAAGCUAAAAACAAAACUAAUAAGAAAUAUAAGUGCAAAAAAUCUGAAAACAAAGCACUAACGGAAAAUAUAAGUGCAAUAAAAUCUAAAGACAAAAGACUAUCGAGAAAUAUAAGUGCAAUAAAAUCUAAAACAAAACACUAACGAGAAAUAUAAGUACAAGAAGAUCUAAAAACAAAACAAUAACAAGAAAUAUAAGUGUAAGAGGAUCUAAAAACAAAAGACUUGCGAGAAAUACGAGAAAUAUAAGUGCAAUAAAAGCUAAAACAAAACACUAACGAGAAAUUAUAAGUGCAGCUCAAGCUAUAAAAUAACAAGGAAUAAACGUACAGGUAAACAUAAACAAAAGCAAAUAAAUACCAGUUAAUUUUGGCAAACAGUAAAAAAAAAAAUCGAGAGCAAUAAAGUGCAAAGCCACAUUGAGGAACUUCAAUUCAAACCAUUUCAAGAUAUAUCAAAUUAGGCCAGUUCAAGAUAUUUUAAGUUAGGACAGUUCAAGAUAUCUCAAGUUAGGCUAGUUCAAGAUAUCUCAAGUUAGGCUAGUUCAAGAUAUCUCAAGAUAGGCAAGAUCAAGGUAUUGUAAGUCAAGGUAGAAUAAUCCCCUUAACUAAGCCAAUUAACUAGCAUCUCUAGGCAGGUAAAAGCAAGCCCCGAAACUGGUGUGGUAAGCCAACCUAGAGACAGGUGUGGUAAGCCAGCCUGAAUUCAAGUGUGGUAACCCAAGUCAGACACAUGAGCCAGAAACAGGUGUGGUAAACAAAUACAGACACAGGUGUGAUAAGCCAGGCCAGUUACAGGUGUGGUAAGCCAGGAAGACGUAGCCUACAGUUAGUGAAGAACUGGUAAGGACACUACCUUCGUCAUGGACCCCGCCAGGAUACUUCAGAUCAUCACCAACAGCACGUGGAUGGUGACCAAGCUGGUGGGCAGUGGACCAGUGGAGUUUGAGCAGUCCAAGUACGUGACGAAGGUGGCUGAGAACACUACCCCGGACCUCCUGUUGCAGCUCACAGCCAGGGUGCAGGCGCAAGGCGAGCCAGUGGAAUUCAGGAUCAAGGAAGGCAAUAAGGAAGGACUCUUCGCCUUGGGCAGCACCAGCGGCCGUCUCACCCUCCUCCAGCCACUGGACUUCGAAGAACAAGAACAGCACGAGUUGGUGGUGGAGGCCGGGGCGGGGGAGGCACGCAGUGAGGCGAGGGUGGUGGUGCAUGUGGUGGACGAGAACGAUCACGCCCCCGCCUUCCCGAGGACGCUACACGAGACACAGAUCACUGAAGAGGACGACAGACACCUCCCCAAGACCAUACUCACGGUGACGGCGCGGGACGGUGACGCUGGACAGUACGGUCACCUCCAGUACUCUCUCUCAGGGGACGGCGUCUACACCAACGGCACCACCCCGUGCUUCGCCGUCGACCCCUCCUCUGGGGCUAUACACCUCCUACGGCCCCUGGACCGAGACCCACCCCAUGGGCGCUCACAGUGGCGACUGCGGGUGCGGGCGACAGACGGGGAGCUGGAGACCACCACCGCCGUCCACGUCAACCUGAAGGACAUCAACGACAACCCCCCCUUCUUUCCCGUCCCCGUCGUCAACGCCACCAUCUCUGAGAAUACGCCCGAGGGGGCGUCGGUAGCACAAGUAUCGGCCACGGACAACGACGACCCCCGCGAGGGCCACAACGCUCGCCUCGUCUACUCCCUAGAGAAGAAUGUGAUCGAUGAGGCGUCAGGGAGACCCAUCUUUGCCGUGGACAGCGAGCAGGGGCUCAUCACCACAGCGCUUUGUUGUCUCGACAGAGAGAAAACACAGCGCUACGCCAUCCAGGUCGUGGCCACAGAUGGUGGAGGUCUCAAAGGCACAGGCACGGUCUUGGUGGAGGUGGCUGACGUGAACGACGUACCUCCCAGAUUCUCCAAGCCAGAGUGGACGCUGGACGUGUCAGAGAGUCUUACCCCAGACCACGUCCUCGCCACACUCUCCGUCGUCGACCAAGACAUCUCAAACAACUUCACCUUCAGGGUAGUGCCAGGUAGCGGACGUGGGUGGCAGAUGUUCCGUGUAGAAGGCCGGCGGAACGGGGGCCCUGGGGGGGACCUGAGGGCGGUGGCCCCCCUUGACUACGAGAACCCUGACCACCGCCGAGGCUUCCGCUUUAGGGUCCAGGUCACUGAUAUGGGAGAGUCCGGGUGGCAGGAGAAGUAUCACGUUGACGGCACCUGGGUCAACCUACACCUGGUGGACGCCAACGACAACUCACCUGCGUUUAAUGAGGACCAGGCUCACCUCACCCUGGCCGAGGACACCCCUGCAGGCACCCACCUCGCCACCUUCACCGCCCACGAUAUUGACGGGGGAGGUUCGAGCCUGGUUAACUACACUAUAGCCCCGGCGAGCGAUCCGGGAGGGCGUUUCGGCGUGGACGGGUCGGGCGGGGUGCGACUUGCGGGCGGCCUGGACCGUGAGGCCGCCCAUAACCACACGAUACUGGUGUGGGCGGUGGACGACGGCGUACCGCCCAGAACUGCCACAGCCACUCUUACUGUGAACGUGACAGAUGUGAACGACAACCCGCCGUUCCUAGCCGAGCCGCGAGAGGUGCAGGUGGUGGAGAACGCUGACCCGCAGGUGGUGGCCGAGAUCAGACUAGGUGACCUGGAUGACUGGCGCCAAGGUCACGGGCCGCCCUUCACCAUCGCCCUAGACCCCCGCGCUCCACCACACAUACGAACAGCUAUUAAGGUCAAAUUCGACAAAAGAGGGGACGAAGGGCGCGGGCUAGGCGUAGUAUCUACCAGAACAGCCUUGGACCGUGAGGAGCGGCGCGCCCUCUUGGUGCCACUUGUGGUAGGAGACGACGGGUCACCGCCCCUCUCCACCACCGUCACCCUCACCUUACACGUCGCUGACCUCAACGACAACCCCAUGGCUCCCGCCGCCAAGACCAUCACCGUCCAUACUGUGCAGCCACAGAGCGCAGAUGUACCGCUGGGGAGAGUCUACGUCAGAGACCCGGACGACUGGGAUGCAGCGGCCAAGACGUACUCGUGGGGUGUAAGGCGCCACCCGAGCUUCACCCUCAACACCACCACAGGCGACUUGGCCAUGAAACCCACCACCAAAGACGGCAGGUAUGACCUCGGAUUCAGGGUGAGUGACGCGAGCCAGGGUCAGUCAGGGGUCAAGGCCAACGUGACAGUCGAGGUCAAGUCUCUCAGUCGAAGUGACGUCAUAGGGGCCACCCCCCUCACGCUGGCGGCUGAUCCCUACCAUGUGGUGAAGGAUGGAGGAGAGGAGGGCACGUCUAUACUGAGUCAGCUGGUGGUGGCGGCACGGGCGUGGGUACAAAGAAGCAGCAACAGCCCGGGUGUAGGCGUGCAGGUGGUGUCAGUGCACCAACUGGGACGCCAAGCCACCACGUCCACCACCAGUACCACUCUUACCACCAGCACCACGCCCAUCAACCCUGCCACCACCACCGCCCCCACACCAACGGCAACGCGAGUUUGGUUAACCUCCUCGGGAGUGGUCAACCUACACCACAUUCUCCUGCACCGGAGAGAGGAGCUGGGCCAGGCCGUGGGCGUGAGAAUAACGGAGGUCGGUAUCGGAGCGUGCGAAGAAGCUGCGCACGGGAAGUGUGAGGGCGGGUGUUGGGCGCGGGCGUCUUUGGGUGGGCAGUUCACUGUGGUGGACGCCAACACCUCAGCGGUGGUGGGGCCGUGGAUAGGUGUCAACACAGGCUGUGGCUGCAGUGCGACGACGCCAGAGGACGUCGCCAACAUCUGUAGCCCCGACACCUGCCUCAACGGAGGCCGCUGUGUCCCUACUGCCACGGGGAUAAGGUGUAUAUGUCCCCACGGCACUGAGGGAUCCCGGUGCAAGAUCCUCAGUAGACAAUUCGAGGGCGGCGGGGUAGAAGGAGGCUCUGGAGGAGGAGCGGAGGACAAGAGCAGGGGUGGAGGGUGGGCGUGGGUGCCCUCUGUGCCCUCCUGCGCUGAAAUUCACCUGAGCCUCGAGUUUCUCACCCAAUCUGAGGACGCUAUUCUCCUCUACUCUGGUCCAGAUCACCUGCCUCCCACCCCAGAGACCCCUAGUGAUGUGGUGGCCCUGGAGCUGAGAGGGGGCCGCCCCUCCCUCCUGCUGGACCUAGGGGCUGGGCCCGCUACCCUCACCCUCAACGCCUCUUACUCCCUCGCUGACCACACCUGGCAUAGGCUCGACCUCAUCUGGAAGGACGAACUGGUGGAGAUGAUCGUGGACCUGUGUUCAGGAGGGAGCAUCGACGGGCCACCCACAGCCUCCAAGUACACCGCCCAUAACGCCUCUGCCACCCCCACGCCCUCUCCGCCCAUCCCACCUGACGCCCACACGUGUCGGGGGGCGGCUAGAUUACCCCACGGUGCCCACCUCCUAAAUGCCCCCCAACCCCUUCAGGUCGGGGGUCUGGCCCAUCCUGCGCCUGCCCAUGGGAUGUACGGUUGGCCAGAGCCGCUUUUGGCCAGCUCUCUUCACGGCUGUGUCAGGAACCUCAGGAUCAACGGGGAGUUAGUAGACCUGGGCAGGGACGUCCUCAGUCAUCGCAGUGUCCCAGGGUGUCCCUCCGUCGAAUGCACGUCCAGCGGCCUUAACUGCGGCGUCCACGGCAGAUGCCAGGGGUCUCCGAGUCACCUGAGGUGUGAGUGCAUACCAGGAUGGGCGGGGCAGGACUGUGCCACGCCCACCACGCCCACGUCCUUCCUGGUAAACAGCUACGUAAAGUUGGCUCUCUCCUUCACCCCCCUGGCUUACACCACCACCAUCCACCUCAGGUUCCGUACAUGGAGGAGGAAAGGGGAGCUGGUGGUACUGUCGUCACAACACGGGAGGGACACGUUCGCGGUGCAGCUGAUCCAGGGGCGCCUCUGUGUCGUGCUCCAGCUGCAUCCUGAUCCACCCAGAUCCCUCUGUCUCACACGCGCCCAGCUCACUGACGGCCGCUGGCACUCCGUCACUGCCUCAAGACACGGGUCAGCCACCAUCCUGACGGCAGACGAGGGCGAAGGGGACCUGUACAACGCCUCCGUCUCUCUAGAAGGUCGCCAACUGCUGGAGGUGGACAAACAGGAGGGUGUCCACGUCGGAGGCUCGCCGGAGUAUAUGGGCGUCAGCGUUUUCAAGAUCCACGGCGACUACCACGACGGGUGUAUCGACGACGUGAGGAUCUCUGGUAAGAGUGUGCCUCUACCGCCUGCGGUCAACAGCACAGCGUGGGGCCAGGCCAGCAUGUUUAAGAGUGUGGAGAGAGGGUGCGGUGCCCCCUCUGCCUGCACCAAUGUCUCCUGCAGAGCGCCCCUCACCUGCGUCGAUACCUGGAGGUCCUACCACUGCGGGUGUGGUGAGGGUCGGGUCCUGUCGUCCUCGAGAACGACCUGUGAGGACGAGAACGAGUGCCUGUGGGAGCCUUGCCUCAACGGCGGCACCUGCUUCAACAAACACUCAGCUGGGUAUGCGUGUGCGUGUCCUAGUGGGUUCAGCGGCCAGCACUGUCACCUGCCAGACGUGGGGGAGACAUCACUGAAACUCUCCCUGGGGGCGCUGGUGGCCAUACUCGUCUGGUGCACAUUCCUUUUACUACUGAUCUGCGCCUUCCUGCUCCACCAACACCACAGGCGGUCUGCUUUACGUCGAGGAAUGGCCGAUGUCAAAGAGAAUACUAUGAAUUGUAAAGAGGAAUCAUCGACGCCCUGCAACCACACGCCGAGCUUGUUGGAAUUGAAGCUGCUCAAACCCCCUAAAGCAAAUGGUCAACCGGCCUGGACAAAGAAUCCCAACAUCGCUGAUGUGGACGUACUGCAGGUGGACGCCGCCUCCGUCACCAGCAGCACUGAGGAACAGAAACGGGGAGGUGUAGCGAGUGGUGGAGGUGCCGGACACAGGCGCAAGGGUAGUGCCAGCGCUGACGAAAGGAAUGGAGGAAGCAAGAACGGAGCGAGUCGGGGAGGGAUUGGCAACUCUCCCGCCGGUGACGACCUGAGAAACUACGCUUACGAAGGUGAAGGAUCUUCCCCUGGAUCACUCUCUUCUUGUUUGGAAAGUUGUAGUGGCAGUGCCAAGCUAUUGGGAGGAUUCCGCGAGGUGGCCCACAUGCUGGAGUCGUGGGACCCUACAGGCUCACACUCCAACCAGUCGCCUACAACCACAACUAAAACCAACGGAGCCAAAGACACAGCCCCGCCGAUCAAAACCAUCCUCUGCGACAUACACGCGACGAGUGGCCCAGACGGCGACGGGGUCACACACACAGCAUACCCAGAUCCACUGCCUCCACCAAUCACAGACGGGCUUGGGACAACGAUUCUCCCUGAACCUAUGGCCACACCCAUACCCAUGCCCAUACCCGAACCGCCCCGUGCCUUCAAGACCAAAUAAGUGGCUUUCGUCGACAAAGUUGACUUGCGACAUAAUUCACUUGAGCGUAUCCUCAGCUAGUUACAUUCCCCCUCACCAUAUCAACUGAUUUUCUUUUUUUUAUUCGUAUUUUCCUUAUUCUUAGUUUAGCGGCGGUGUGAGUUGUGAACUUAAUUUGAUCCAAGUAAGAGUAUUUAUUGAGAUUUUGCUCUCUCUCUCUCUCUCUCUCUCUCUCUCUCUCUCUCUCUCUCUCUUCACAUUAUUACCAUAACUACCACAGCACAUGACAAACAGUAGUUAAUUUGUAUGGAUGAUCCUCUUUUUAUAAUCACCUGAAUUAUUACAUUGUGCUGUAAACUUGCUUUGAGAGUCUCCGGUGUGACCAGAACGUCUGAGUAUCUUUUAUUCUGUACAUACAAAAACAAAAACAAAAAAAGUUUCAGUGUGUGAUGGGAGUUAUUUGCGUCCAAAGCUCACUUAUAAAAUACCGUUCAAUAAUAAUAAUAAUAACAAUAAACAAAAGGAAUAUUUAACCUUCUAUAAUAAUGUUGAUGAAUGAUGUUGUUGUUUGUGUAAAAAAAAAAAUUAUAAAAUAAAUAAAAAUUAUUAGUAAUAGAUAAGAAAAAACACGAAAGCUAGAAUCAAAGUUGAGAAAUCAUAGCCUGAAGAAGCCAUCCGCGCCCUCGUCUCAAUGUCUCGUAGGAAAAUAAUGUCCCGUAGGCAAAUAAGGUUAAAGUUACAUACAGGUAUUAAAUCCACGAAAAAACUAUGUACCAGCAACCACCUCUAGUAUAACAAUAACCUGUAAUAGCGACCACCUAUUUCUGACGUUGACUUCUCCCAGUGGUCACCUCCAUAUAACAAACAUUAUUUAUUCCAGCAGUCACCUCUGUAUAACGAAGACCUCCCCACUUCAUCCCCUAACAGACACCUCCGUAAUGCAUUGGACUCCACCAGCAGUAGUUACGUCAAUAUAACGUUGACCUGAGAUAAUGAUGACCUCUUUAUAGCGAUCACCUCUGUACAGCUUUUAUAAUUAUUAGCGUUAGCCUCUUACACGUACUUGACCAAUAUUAGGAGCCUGGCACCUCCUCAAACGUUAUCCUGGCCACGUUGACCUCUGGCAGCGAACACCCCCGUAUAGCAUUAACCAGUAACAGCGGCUACCUUCAUAUGGCUUUCACUAACAGGAAACGUCGUUAUAUAGCGUUAACCACCACCACCAGCGACCACUUCUGUAUAAUAAUAAUAAUAACCACUAACGAUGACCAACUCUAUAUAGUGUUAACCAGUAUUAGAAAACACGUCUAUGUAACAUCCACUAUGAGCACAACUAUACCGGUACACAGCGUUUAAGCGGUCGUCACUGUAUAACGUUUACCUUUCCCAGCGACCAUCCCAAUACAACUUUAGCCUAAAAACAACGACCGAGUUUGUUCAGCGAUGGUCAAUUUAUUUCGGUCGAUCUAUAUACAGUAUACGUUAACAAAUACUAACACUUAUAUUUAUGUUAUAAAAAUCUUCUCUUACCGCAGAUUGGGAGAGAAGAGGCAAGAUGUAUGUACAAUCAAAGACAAAAGUUGUGUCGUGGUUUUGUCCGAAGAUUAAAUAUAACUCGUGAAACAUUAUGAGAGCCCUACCACAAGGCGGAGCGCACCAAAAGUUUAGCUCUUCGGCGUAUGUUUUCACCAAAUUUCACGACACGACUUUUGUCUUUUAUUGUACGUAGUGUUCCCAUCAUGACGUGUGUGCUGUCGUAAUAAAGUUAUUUGGCUAACAAAAUAAUGGCAAACGGUAGAGGGUGACGCUAAAGAAAAUCGAGGAUGGCAAUAAUGAUGAAGUUGUGGUACUGUACAUACAAAACGGUCGUAAGCAAUUAUUUACACACACACACACACACACACACAUAUAUAUAUAUAUAUAUA